UCUCUUUUCCCCUCCUUUGCCAAUGGGACCGGGACAGUGGGGACUAUUCCUCAUAAAUGUAACAGCACCAAGCACAGGAUCAUCUCACCGAAAGUGGACAACCGACUGAGCAGCUACUCGGCAUUAACGGAAGUGCAGAAUCUCUCGGCGAUGGAUAACAAAGUGGAGCAGGAGGAGAGUAAGGCCGACACUCAGGACCUGGAGGCUGUGAAGUUAUCCAAAACCGUGCUGCAGGUCAACGGCACCAAUGAGGUGGCACUGUCCAAGUCGCUGGGGCAGGGGGAGUGUAUCCUGGACCCUCCAGCCUCUCGGACCAAUGGCUACUGUCAGAGGGAGCUGAGCUCGGUCAGCGUAGCCAGCAGUGUACCGAACCUCACCGUUGCCACGGUAACUUGUAGCAUCCCGCAGAACGCCGUCAUCUUAAUGACUGGGGUGGGUGAUAAGCCUGUGCCCCUCACUCCCAGUCAGCAACUCGUGGCUACCAGCUCCAGUAGCCCCGGCCUACCACUGAGUAGCCACAGCCUGAGCCUCGCUCCAGUCGCUGGCAGCAUUGGUUUGUCGUUAGUGCCGAGUACAGCGGCCAGUCUCGUCCUGUCCCGGACUGUUGAGGGCAGAAUGGACACAUCAGAGACUCUCAGCUCCUCCAGCAACACUGCCUUCAACCCAGACUCGUUUCUGAAUAGCCCCAAACAGGGGCAGACGUACGGUGGAGGGCGUGGUGGCCAGGAGGUCAACACCAAUCCCAGCUCCUCCUUUGGCACUGCCCCAGCCGGCAGUAUUCCUGAAUCCCGAUUUCCCAGCAAUGACCUGAAGGAGGAGCCGGAUUUCCAGAGGGACAGUCUGGAGGGUGUCACAGUGGGGGGACUGGAUUUCACAACAACCCCCUCCUCCUCCUCCUCUGACAUCUCGGUCUUCCCUCAGAAUCCUGGUCUGGUUCCGGUCACUCGGACAUUCCCGGUGAUCACCGAUACUAACCUGGUCACCUCCAGCCCUGGCCCACCAGCUGUGACGGAGAAUAUGGACUGCAGUAACGUGGACUCCCGUAAAAACUACAGCGGCAUCUUCUGUAGCCCCCACCCCCCGGACAGCAGCUCCCUUCCCCCGCCCCAAAACCCCUUCUUCGUCCCAAAGGAGCCAGGGCUUGGGGGUGUCCCGGUGCUGUCUCCCACCGUCUCCAAGGGUCCGAAGGUAGAAUCAGCUUCCCUAUUCCCACAGGAAGGCGGUGACAGUGGGAAGGAGGACCUGCCAAUGACGGACAUCGCCGAGCCUGAGGUCUCCAUGGAUACGACAUCGCAGACGAGUACCGAGAUGGCGCGGAUGGAGAGGGGGGUGGGCACAGAGCAGUCGGUAAAGCCGGAGGCUCAGUUUGGUGUUGGCAUGACGACAGAGGACGGAGCUGCAGCCCCCCUGGAGUUACAGUGUGGUCCCGUCACUGACCUGUACACCAUCAUCCAGAAUGACCUCUCCUCUUCCUCAGUGUCCUCAUCCAACAUCGACCUUAACAUGGACCACUUCGAGAUCUCCUUCGACAGCCAAUUCCCUGACCUGAUGGCUGAUAUCAUGGCGGACGGAGGCAGCAAUAGCAGCAGCGUGGGGCCCAGUGCAGGCUUCGCACGGUACACCGCUAACCCAGCCCCCGUCCCUCCCACUGACCACCCAGCCCACACUGUCUCUGCCCAGUUUCCAGACCAGUCUCUUCAGAUCAGCUCCUUCCCUCAGCAGCAGCUAAUACUGGCCACUGGCACAGACGUGCCAUUUCCAGAGGUGCCCAGAACUCCAGUGCAUCCAACACAAACUUCAGCCAGUGGCCCAGCCGAGAGCAGGCAACCUGUAGCUAUCACUGACUUCUCACCUGAGUGGUCCUACCCUGAGGGUGGUGUGAAAGUCCUUAUCACAGGGUCAUGGAGCGAUGGCAGUGAGCAGUACUCCUGUGUGUUUGACCAGAUCACAGUCCCAGCUUCACUCAUUCAGUCCGGUGUCCUGCGUUGUUACUGUCCAGCUCAUGAAGCAGGCCUGGUCAGGCUGCAUGUGGCUUGUGAGAACCAGCUCAUUUCCAACUCCGUGCUGUUUGAAUACAGAGCCCGGAAUUCCAUGGCACUGCCCAGUUCACAGAUCGACUGGCUCUCAUUGGAUGCUGCUGAGGUUUCACUGGGAUCAGCCAACACUCACUCGGAAAGGUUACAGGGAGGCAGCUGGCUACCUGACAACUUCCAGUCGACUUCCUCAUGAAGGAGCGCACACAGCCUUCCCUGCUCUCGUUCUACAUUCCGUACAACUCAGGGAGGCAGCAGACGCUCAGGCAGCUCCUGGAGGUUGAAUGUCGUCUGGGCCUGGAUCAGUUUGGAGUUGCCUUGCUCGGUCAAUAAACCAGGACCUGCCUGUCACACUGCAGAGUACUGUCCCCAUCUGGUGGCCACGCACACACAUUACAGCAUGAAAAUAAAUCUGGGCUCGACAUUGAAAAGAAGCCAUUGGGUUCACUGCAACAGUCCUAGCUCCUCUUCAUUCCCAAAAGGGAGGAAGGGCAGAGAACGCUGGAUAUGUAAUUCUGCUUGUGCACUGACUUUGCCGGUCGUUUAACAGGGGUAGAAUAGUUCAUCAGAGACGCACAAAACAGGCUGUGCAAGCUUGACAAAAAUACAAACUUUGGUUUCUCCAUGUGCAGGCCUCAGAGUGCGAGGCUGGUCACUCACUAACCCCUCACUCUCACAUUCACACGGUUAGGCUGACACAGCGGUCAUAACUUCGCAAGGUGGAGAUGCAGAAGGAGACCAUUCGGCCCAUCGGGCCUGUUCCGCUAUUUAACAUGAUUAUGGCUGACCACGUACCUCAGACCUCAGUUCCUACUUUCUCC